AAGGCCUGGGUUACAUGAGGUCCUAUCUCAAAAAAAGAAAAAAAAAAAAAUAGCAGCUCUGUGAUCUCAGAAAUCCAAUUUAACUGGGAAAUUGUGCCAUACUUUCUACAAAUACUAAAACUUCGUAGCGAUUCUUUCCCCAGUGAUCUGCCACCUGAGUUCCACAUGGAGCCUGUGUAAGGCCACCAUAUUUCAGUGCAAACAAGGCCCCAGGCCACUUCUCUCUUCACCAUCUCGCAGUAGGAUUCCCUCAGACCUGGAACCUGUUGACAGAAAGAACACUUAUGUGGGAGUCCAGGCUGUGUGCCUGUAUAUGUGGAUCCCUUGCUGCUGUGAGCUUCAGGUUAACACGCCAUGUCAGUCAGCGUCCACGAGACUCGUAAGUCGCGGAGCAGCACAGGCUCUAUGAACAUCACACUCUUCCACAAGGCCUCACACCCUGACUGUGUGCUGGCCCAUCUCAACACACUGCGUAAGCACUGCAUGUUCACUGAUGUCACACUAUGGGCUGGUGACCGCGCCUUCCCCUGCCACCGGGCAGUGCUGGCUGCCUCCAGCCGCUACUUUGAGGCCAUGUUCAGCCACGGCCUGCGGGAAAGCCGGGAUGAUACAGUCAACUUCCAGGACAACCUGCACCCUGAGGUGCUGGAGCUGCUGCUGGACUUCGCCUAUUCCUCCCGAAUCGUCAUCAAUGAGGAGAAUGCAGAAUCGCUGCUGGAGGCAGGUGACAUGCUACAGUUCCAUGACGUGAGGGACGCAGCUGCAGAGUUUCUGGAGAAGAACCUUUUCCCCUCCAACUGCCUGGGCAUGAUGUUGCUGUCUGAUGCUCACCAGUGCCGCAGGCUCUAUGAGUUCUCCUGGCGCAUGUGCUUGGUACACUUUGAGACAGUUCGGCAGAGUGAGGAUUUUAACAGCCUGUCCAAGGACACGCUGCUGGAUCUCAUCUCCAGUGAUGAGCUGGAGACGGAGGAUGAACGUGUGGUCUUUGAGGCUAUCCUGCAGUGGGUGAAGCAUGACCUGGAGCAGAGGAAGGCCCACCUACCAGAGCUCCUACGCAGCGUGCGGCUGGCCCUGCUGCCCUCUGACUGUCUGAAGGAGGCCGUGUCUGGCGAGGCCCUCCUCAUGGCAGAUGAACGUACCAAACUUAUCAUAGAUGAAGCUCUCCACUGCAAGACCAAGAUCUUGCAAAAUGAUGGGGUGGUCACCAGCCCCUGUGCCCGGCCUCGCAAGGCAGGUCACACUCUGCUCAUACUGGGGGGUCAAACCUUCAUGUGUGACAAGAUCUACCAGGUAGACCAUAAAGCCAAGGAGAUCAUCCCCAAAGCGGAUCUGCCAAGCCCCCGGAAGGAGUUCAGCGCCUCAGCAAUUGGCUGCAAGGUCUAUGUGACCGGGGGCAGGGGCUCUGAGAAUGGAGUCUCCAAGGAUGUCUGGGUGUACGACACUGUCCAUGAGGAAUGGUCCAAGGCAGCACCCAUGCUGAUCGCCCGCUUUGGCCAUGGCUCAGCUGAGCUGGAGAACUGUCUUUAUGUAGUCGGGGGACAUACAUCCCUGGCAGGUGUCUUCCCAGCUUCCCCUUCUGUCUCCCUGAAGCAAGUGGAAAAAUAUGACCCUGGGGCUAACAAGUGGACCAUGGUGGCCCCACUGAGGGAUGGCGUCAGCAAUGCUGCAGUGGUGAGCGCCAAGCUGAAACUCUUUGUGUUUGGAGGGACCAGCAUCCACCGGGAUAUGGUGUCCAAAGUCCAGUGCUACAACCCUUCAGAGAACCGGUGGACGAUUAAGGCUGAGUGUCCCCAGCCUUGGCGAUACACAGCUGCUGCAGUCCUGGGCAGCCAAAUCUUCAUCAUGGGAGGUGACACAGAGUUCACGGCAGCCUCAGCCUAUCGCUUCGACUGUGAGACUAACCAGUGGACACGGAUUGGGGACAUGACUGCUAAACGCAUGUCCUGCCAUGCCCUGGCUUCGGGCAACAAACUGUAUGUGGUAGGAGGCUAUUUUGGGACCCAGAGGUGUAAGACCCUGGACUGCUAUGAUCCCACUUCAGACACAUGGAACUGCAUUACCACCGUGCCCUACUCGCUCAUCCCCACAGCCUUUGUCAGCACCUGGAAGCACCUGCCUGCAUGAGGAGCACCCCAGCCAGACUUUGCAUUGUCCUCCCCACUGGAUCCAGAAGCCAACAGCACCAGCUCUGGGCAGCAGCAGCCUCGGGCUUUUCUGAGCUUUAGGCAAGAAAAGUGAAGGUCUCCAGCGGCACCCGUGCCCAGGCUUCCUAAGCUGCCAGUGGCUUUCAUGUGGAAAGGAGCUUCCAAAGGGCAUGGGCUAUUGCCAGGACCCCUGGACUAGGGGGAGGACAUGCAUGUAGAGCCUUGAGGUUACCUCUGGCAGCCAGACCUGAGUCGGGGGCUAGCAGGGGAACAGCAGAGGUCCCUCAUCACCGAAGCACAGCCUUGGCAAGGCUGCCUGUGGGAGGUGGGAGUAUCACUCUACAAUGUCCUCAAUCUCCAGGAGCAGAGUCCAACAAACCUCAGGGUGCACCCACAGGUUUCUACCCACAGCAGAUGCCACUGAGACUCCUAAUGCCAAGGGGGAAGUCUCUCAUGGGCCCUCUGCCGAGCACUGGCCCAUCCCUUGAAGGGGUGACUCCCAGGAUACUACUCCAGGUGUGCAACAGAUGCUCAUGACCAGUCAGGCAGGAACAGGGGUCACUCAGCAGGACUUCAGGCCCCAGAGAGCUGGUAGGCACAACCCUGUUGCCUGUCUUUGGAGCCACAGGAAGAGCAGUGAUGACCCAUCUCCAACGGGUCACACCUGCCAAUUGCAUGGGGCUCCUUUCCAGGAGACCUCACCUGCCAUAAGCUUGUGCCCUGCCUCCCGAGUUGAGGAGCAGGUGGGUAUAUGGCAGAGACCCAGUGCUCACUGCAGUUCCCAUCCACAUUGGUGGAUUUGUGUCAGGUGGACAGAGACAAGGCUCUUGCCACACCUGCUGUCCUCCCUGACAUUGGCCUUCAGCUGGCAGCACUGGAUCCUGCCCAGUUUUCCCUUGAGCUCAGAGAAAAGGGUCUGAAGAGACUACCUAAACAUUUGCUCCUCAGUCACUGCCCAAAGCUUUGAGGAGUCCUUAUCUAUGUUGCUAGCACCAGGUUUGUGGACUGUGAGGCCCCAGGCUCCUCCAUUGGUCACACUGUUGAGGGGACAGCCCUUGGUGUGUGGCACAGAAUAGACAGGGCACCCUAACCUGUGGCUUGCCCAGGCCACUUGCAUGUGCUGGCUGCAUCAGGAUUGGGGCUCCAAAGUGGGCUCCACCAUUGGUAGCACAGUGUGCCCACACCUCAACCUGGUAUUGGUGCAGUGUGUGCCUUCUGGGGAGGGGCUUUCAGUCUCGGCUUCCCCCAUAACUGUGCUCUGGGGAAGACCUUCCUAGUGCUCCUUAAGGGCCACAGAUGGCCCUCAUUAGAGGCCCAGCUUGCUCUCUGCUCCACCUCAGGGGAUGCCCUGCUAGAGACCUUAAGGCCCUGUGGACUACUCCUUCGGGAUUAAGCACACUUCUCACAGCACAAAGGACCCAGCCAUGGUGCUUGCCUGAGUGUUGUGCUGCUUUAUCCAUUUUCUAACUUAAUAAAGAUUUGAGAAAAUUCUUGGCCUUCUUUGGGUGACUUGGCCAUGUGUGUUCCUAAACCCAGAGUCUGCCUGUUCAUUGCAGAGGGUCCACCAGAAGAGAGGUCUUUCCUCCCAAGAGUCAUUCUAUCUUAAGGCCCCUGUGUGGUGGGUGAUUCCAAGUUGAAAACAGUCCCAUCCAUUCAAUAGGCAAGAGGUUUGUGCACUCCAGGCCCCAGGGGAUACUCUAAGGACAGGAGGUUGGGUCAUAGCCACAACUCCACAGGGCAUCUGGUUCUGGUGAGAUACCCUGGAAUGCCCUGUGGGUUGCUGUCCCUCACUUUUCAGCAGCCUCUGUGACUACAAAUGCAGGAGAACCUACAACUGAGAUGUAGCUGCAUGGUGUUGGUGGUCUAACCUGGAGGCCUCAAGCAGCACAGCCCAAGGUGAUACCAGGGCCCUAGACCUCAUGCCACACCAUGUGCUGGAUGCCCUGAGUGCACCAAGCCUCGGUGACCGCCCUUUACUGUCAUCUUCAGUGGCACUCAGCAGCAGGUACUCACUCCCAGUGGGAAGUGCACCAGACACCAAGUGAAGGAUUGUUACCUUGCUGAGUGGGAUGAUGGUAGUAGAGUGACGUUUCCAUUCAGGCUGGGGCCUCUGGGUAGAUAGCUGUAGGGCCCAAAGUAGUGAGGUCGGGGGGAUUUCCAUGCACUCCUGGUGUGGGUAAGCAGGUAUUUCCUUGCCUUUCCAACUUCCAUGCAAGGUUGUUUACUGGUCCAACAGGUCUCUCCUGCUCCAGCUGGCCUGGAACUCUAUGGUAGACCACCAGCUGAACUCUGUAUGGUAGACCAGGUUGGCCUUGAACUCACAGAGAACCACCUGCCUCUGCCUCCUGAGUGCUGGGAUUAAAGUUUGAGCUACCACACCUGGCUCCUACUAUUCCUCUUAAAAGUUGAAUUUAGCCUCACCGAAUGUAGCUUCUGGGGAGGCUGGACAGUGCUCAGCUAAAGUCCUUUCCCUUCUCAGGGACUCCAAGAGGGGUGCAUUCUUGACCUUUUCCUGCUGGCAGAGAACCAGGCUCAGAGGCUAAAAUGACCCACCUAGGACCCACUGCCCCUGUAUACUGCUGCACCUCCUAAAAGACCCCUCCUCAACACCUUAGGGGUAUCCUCCUGGGGAAGAAAAGGCUGUUUAAGAGGCAUUUAAGGGGGAGUUGGAGAGAUGACUUAGCUGGUUAAGAGAACUGACUGUUCUUGCAGAGGACCUAGGUUCAGUUCC